AUGCGGGAUCCCACAGCGGGUGAGACAGGUGAGAUGAGACACGAGCCAGACAAAACCUUGGGAGCCACUGGACCAGGAUUUGGAGGGUGGCCGUCUUCAAGGGCGCUGCCCAUCAAGCCUGGUCCCCACCCAGCAUCGCAGCCUGUCGAUGCGGCUCCGUCGCCGCCCGCGCCCAUCAACAUCAACGAUGACUUGAUUGUCAGCAGUCGAUGGAAGAGCAAGGGCUGUGCUGUGUUGGCUCAGACUUGGACUUCUGAGAUGCAUUGGUCAGAUGGCCGUGCUCAAGAAGGACAGCCACCCUGGAUUGAUUCCCGCUAG